CAUCUGCCACGCAUUCACGCAUGCGUAGUGCGUCUGUUCGAAGUAAAUAGUACUUUCACUUUGUGGACGAUGUUGAUGCAAUUUGGCCAGGGGAUUUCCAUGUAUAAUAACAGUAUUGAAAGUUGAAUGGGACUAGUUUGACUGAUUGGUCUACCAGGUAGAGAACAUGGAGAGAGCUGCCCUCAGACAGACCCAGCAGUGCGGUCCCUGGGAGAUGAAGGAGCGGCUAGGAACAGGAGGAUUCGGCCAUGUGAACCUCUACCAACAUCUAGAGACGGGAGACAAGAUUGCUUUGAAACUUUGCCGCCUAGAAUUGAACCAAAAGAACAAAGAUCGCUGGAGCAGAGAGAUACAAAUAAUGAAAAAGCUGAGUCAUGUGAAUGUAGUGGAAGCAAGAGAAGUUCCAUUAGAACUGAGUUCCAUCGGACUUAAUGACCUACCACUACUGGCCAUGGAGUACUGCUCCAAAGGAGAUCUACGCAAGAUGCUCAACAAGCCAGAAAAUUGUUGUGGGCUUAAGGAAAGUGAGGUUCUCUCACUGCUCAGUGACAUAGGUUCUGGUAUCCGGUACCUCCACGCCAACAAGAUCAUCCACCGGGACCUCAAGCCAGAGAACAUAGUCCUUCAGGAUGUCAGGGGGAAGCUCGUCCACAAAAUCAUUGAUCUGGGCUAUGCAAAGGACCUGGACCAGGGUAGCCUCUGCACAUCCUUUGUGGGUACUCUGCAGUAUCUGGCUCCAGAGCUCUUUGAGAACAAGCCCUACACGGUGACUGUGGAUUACUGGAGUUUCGGGACGAUGAUAUUUGAGUGCGUGUGUGGCUUUCGGCCCUUUCUACACCACAUGCAGCCUGUUCAGUGGACGAGCAAAGUGAAGAAUAAAGGUCCUAAAGAUAUCAUGGCUGUCGAGGACAUGAAUGGGGAAGUCAGGUUCUCGACACACCUGCCCUAUCCGAACAACCUCAGCAGACCCUUACUGGAGCCUGUCGAGUCUCUUCUGCAGAUGAUGCUCCUGUGGGACCCUGCUACCCGAGGGGGGGGCACAGACCCGGAGAGCAACCAUCCCUGCUUUUACACUACAUUGCACAAUAUCCUCAGCAUGAAGGUGAUCCACGUGCUGGACAUGACGUCGGCCCAGCUACACUCCAUAGUGCUGGGCCCCGAGGAGAGUCUGCACUCCCUGCAGCAGCGGCUGGAGACCCACACCCACUCACACGUCCCCCCGCGCUGCCAGGAGCUGCUCCUGGAGACGGGCGUGUCGCUGGACCCCCGCUGGCCCCCCGCCCACUGCCUCCCAGAGGGGCUGUCCGGCUGGGACCGGUCCAUAGUGUACCUCUUCGACAAGAGCCUGACCAAGUACUCCGGCCCGCUGACCGCCCGACCUCUGCCGGACAGCGUCAACUUCAUAGUGCGAGAGACCAAGACCCAGCUGCCGCUCGCCGCGCUGAGGAAGGUGUGGGGAGAGGCGGUCAGCUACAUCUGUGGGCUGAAGCAGGACUACGUCCGGCUGUACGGGGGACGGGAGGCCGCCAUGCGGAGUCUGCUACAUUACAACACAAACCUAACGCGCUACAAGAACAUGCUGUUCUCACAGUCCCAGCAGCUCAGAGCCAAACUGGCCUUCUUCAAGAUCAGCAUCCAGAACGACCUGGAGCUCUACUCUGAGCAAAGACACACAGGCAUUUCUUCAGAGAAGAUGCUGAAGACCUGGAAUGAAAACGAAGAGAAGGCUGCUGCGUUUACACAGGUGGCUGAGGUCGGUUAUCUGGAUGAAGAGAUUGUCUCUCUGCACUGUGAGAUUGUGGAGUUGAGGAGAAGUCCAUUCGCUCGCAGUCAAGGAGACGUUAUGGGACAGCUGGAGGAGAAAGCGAUUGAACUCUACAAGCAACUGAAAGCCAAAUGCAAAAGUCCUGACCCGCCACACGGUUACAGCGAUAGCUCCGAGAUGGUGAAGGCUAUUCUUCAGACAGUUCAGAACCAGGACCGGGUCUUGAAGGACUUAUACACUCACCUGAGCACCAUACUGGUGUGUAAACAACGCAUCGUCGAUCUGUUCCCUAAGCUGGAGGGGGCGGUAGAGAGCAUCAAGGCAGCGGAGACGACAGUGAUGCAGAUGCAAAUGAAGCGACAGAAAGAGUUCUGGUAUCUGUUGAAAAUUGCCAGGGCCCAGACAGAACCUCCGUCACUACCAACUGUUCCCAAGACAACUGCAAGUGAGACGGUUCAUCAAUUAUUGGAAGAGAAUCAGCAUUACCUCAGUCAACUGACUUCUCUGCUUCAGGACACGACUCAAGAGACUGGAAACAGUGUCAUGGAUGAGGACUGGAGUUGGAUACAGCAUGAUUCAGGAAAAGCUCAAUCUCUGAUCUCAUAAAGUUGUAUAUAAUGAAUGAAGCCUGCCUGGUGGUGCUCAUCUUAAUAUAUGAAGAACCAUACACUGGCUAAAUCCUUUCUGAUGCACACUCAAAAUAUCAUGCAUUUAUUUAGCAGCAUAAGCUAAGACACUACUGUUUAAACUACAUGUAUGGAUUUAUAUUUUAAAUUCCAUGUUUGAAUGUAAUGCCAGUCUGCUGUAUUUAUUUGUUGGAGUGAAGAACAAGAAUUUGACUGACAAAACGUAUUACCUGUGUGUGCAAAAUGUAUUUUUAGAUACCGAUUUGUUUGUCAAAAUGUUACAUAAAUAAAGAAUGCCUGUUGGUUUGUUA